CAAGGGGCGGGGCUUCUUCUUGUCAGAGGUGUGUGUGUGUGUGUCUCUCUCUCCGCCUCCUUUUUUAAUUUGGCUCCCCUUUCUCUCAGGAGUAUCCCAAUUAGACUCUUCUUCCCUCAGACCUCUCCACGUUUCACUCGACUUUUCUGUCGCCUCCACUCCUCGCGCGGAGGAAGACACCUGGUGCGCGCCUCGCUUUCUGUGUGUGUUUUGCGCGCUGCGGGGAGAAGGAAGCGAGGACGAGAGAGCGAGCGAGCAAACUUGAGAAACUUGUUUGUCCACUCCCCGGGCUGGCUCUCCGCGAGCGAGCUCGUUUUAAAAGGGGAACGGUGUGGGGAGGGGGAAAGGAAGGAAGGAGAGGGAGCCGCUGGCCGAGAAAAGCAUGAAAACGAGCUGAGCAAAACACCCCCCCACCUGCUUGGGAUUCUGCCUGGACACGGAGAAGAGGGAACGGCUAGGAGAAUGAAUUCGGAAAGAGAUUCGGAAACUACCUUUGACGAGGACUCCCAACCCAACGACGAAGAGGUGCCAUAUAGCGAUGAUGAGACAGAGGAUGAAUUGGACGUUCCGCCUCCUGUCGAGCCAGAGCAAAACCGCAUCAACAGAGAGGUGGAAGUGACUCGAGAUACGCUUAGAAAAGAAUGCGGCUGGCAAGUUAAAGCAAAUGAUUGUGCCUUCUAUGAACAGCCCCAAUUUAUGAAAACGACUUAUCUGUGCCUUAAGAAAAGUAAAUAUGCAGGGAAUGCAAUCAAAACCUACAAGUAUAAUCCCAUUACCUUCUUGCCACUGAAUUUAUUUGAACAGUUUAAAAGGGUCGCCAACUUCUAUUUCUUGGUUCUACUUAUUUUACAGUGCAUUCCUCAGAUAACCACCCUCUCAUGGUAUACAACUCUGAUACCUUUACUCUUGGUUCUCGGCAUCACUGCGAUAAAAGACCUAGUGGAUGAUAUUGCUCGGCAUCGGAUGGACAAUGAAAUUAACAACCGCACGUGUGAUGUAAUCAAGGAUGGCAGGUUUGAAAAUACAAAAUGGAAGGACAUCAAAGUUGGUGAUAUCAUCCGUCUUAGGAAAAAUGCCUUUAUUCCUGCUGAUAUCCUGCUGCUGUCCACUUCAGAACCUAAUAGCCUUUGCUAUGUAGAGACAGCUGAAUUAGAUGGUGAAACCAAUUUGAAGUUCAAGAUGUCUCUGGAGGUGACUGACAGAUACCUUCACCAAGAGGGCGCCUUGGCAGCAUUUGAUGGUUUGAUAGAAUGCGAAGAGCCCAACAACCGACUCGAUAAAUUCACAGGGACUUUGAAGUGGAAAGGAAAAAGCUAUGCUUUGGAUGCUGAUAAAAUCUUGUUGCGUGGCUGCAAAAUCCGGAACACUGACGUUUGUCAUGGGCUUGUCAUAUUUGCAGGAGCAGACACAAAAAUAAUGAAAAACAGUGGGAAAACACGGUUUAAAAGGACUAAAAUUGACUCCCUUAUGAAUUACAUGGUUUAUACGAUUUUCGUUUUGCUCAUCUUAGCGUCAGCUGGCCUGGCUAUUGGGCACACCUACUGGGAACAGCAGAUUGGCAAUUCUUCUUGGUACCUCUAUGACGGGAAGGAUGAGACCCCUGCUACCAGAGGCUUCUUUAACUUUUGGGGUUACAUCAUUGUCCUUAACACUAUGGUUCCAAUUUCCCUCUACGUGAGUGUUGAAGUGAUCCGUUUGGGCCAAAGCUACUUCAUCAACUGGGACUUGCAAAUGUAUUACCCAGAGAAGGAUACAGCGGCAAGAGCCAGGACAACUACUUUGAAUGAACAGCUUGGACAGAUCCACUACAUCUUCUCAGAUAAGACGGGUACACUGACGCAGAACAUAAUGGCAUUCAAAAAGUGUUGCAUAAAUGGACAGUCCUAUGGAACGUGCAGGGAUAAAACAGGCCAAGAACUGCAUCAUCCUGAACAAGUUGACUUCAGCUGGAAUAUGUAUGCAGAUGGGAAGCUCACCUUUCAUGAUCAGUAUCUGAUCGAACAAAUUCGGUCUGGCAAGGAACCUGAAAUUCGACAGUUCUUCUUCCUGCUUGCAAUUUGCCACACAGUGAUGGUGGAUGCCUCUGAUGGUGAGCUCAGCUAUCAGGCGGCCUCCCCUGACGAAGGAGCAUUGGUAACUGCAGCCAGAAACUUUGGUUUUGCUUUUCUUUCACGGACACAGAAUACUAUUACAAUAAGCGAGAUGGGAACUGUGAAAACUUACGAAGUUCUUGCCAUUUUGGACUUCAACAGCGAUAGAAAGAGGAUGUCCGUUAUCACAAGAGAACCAGAUGGAGCAAUCAAGCUUUAUUGCAAAGGAGCGGAUACAGUGAUAUAUGAACGGCUGCAUCCAAGGAAUCCUACGAAGCAUGCAACACAGGAAGCAUUGGAUAUCUUUGCAAAUGAAACCCUUAGAACGUUGUGCCUUUGCUACAAGGACAUUAGCGAAGAGGAGUACGAGGCGUGGAAUAAAAAAUUCAUGGCUGCUAGCGUUGCUACAAGAAACCGUGACGAAGCUCUGGACAAGGUGUAUGAAGAAAUUGAAAGAAAUCUAAUUCUCUUGGGUGCCACAGCAAUUGAAGACAAGUUGCAGGAUGGAGUUCCAGAAACAAUAUCCAAACUGGCGAAGGCAGAUAUUAAGAUAUGGGUGUUGACAGGCGACAAGAAAGAAACUGCAGAAAACAUCGGGUUUUCCUGUGAACUCUUAACAGAUGAAACAACUAUCCACUAUGGAGAAGACAUCAGUGCUCUUCUGCAGACAAGGUUGGAAAACCAGAGGAACGUAGUUGAAUCAAACACGAAUUCAUCCCAAAGAAGCAACGAUCCCUUUUUUGAGUCGGGUAGAAACCGUGCCCUAAUUAUCACUGGCUCAUGGCUGAAUGAAAUUCUACUGGAGAAGAAAAAGAAGAAGAAGAAACUCUUGAAGCUGAAGUUUCCAAGGACAGCAGAAGAAAAGCAAAAGCAGAUGGAGAGCAAAAGGAGAGCCGAGCUGGUCAAGGAGCAGCAGCAGCAGAACUUUGUUGACUUGGCUUGCGAGUGCAGCGCAGUGAUUUGCUGCAGAGUGACGCCCAAGCAGAAAGCCAUGGUGGUUGACCUGGUGAAGAAGUACAAGAAAGCCAUAACCUUGGCCAUCGGGGAUGGUGCUAACGAUGUAAAUAUGAUAAAAACGGCCCAUAUUGGUGUUGGCAUAAGUGGACAAGAAGGAAUGCAAGCAGUCAUGUCCAGCGACUACUCUUUUGGCCAGUUCAGAUUCCUCCAAAGGUUGCUGCUUGUUCACGGCCGAUGGUCGUACAUAAGGAUGUGCAAGUUCCUUCGGUACUUCUUCUACAAAAACUUUGCAUUUACGUUAGUCCACUUUUGGUACUCCUUCUUCAAUGGCUAUUCUGCCCAGACAGCUUAUGAAGAUUGGUUUAUCACUCUCUACAAUGUAUUAUAUUCCAGCCUGCCAGUUCUCCUCGUUGGGUUGCUUGACCAGGACGUGAGUGACAAGCUGAGCAUACGUUUUCCUGCCUUGUACGUAUCGGGACAGAGAGAUUUGCUUUUCAACUACAGGAAGUUCUUUGUAAGCCUCCUGCACGGUGCUAUAUCAUCACUGAUUAUUUUCUUCAUACCGUACGGUGCUUACCUACAAACCAUGGGGCAAGAUGGAGAAGCGCCCUCAGAUUACCAGUCCUUCGCUGUCACAGCGGCGUCCUCUCUCAUAAUCGCAGUCAACUUUCAGAUGGGGCUGGAUACAUCUUACUGGACAUUUGUGAAUGCUUUCUCAAUAUUUGGGAGUAUUGCACUUUACUUCGGAAUUAUGUUUGAUCUACACAGUGCUGGGAUCCAUGUCCUUUUUCCUGCUGCUUUUCAGUUUACAGGCACUGCUUCAAACGCUCUCCGGCAACCAUAUCUCUGGUUGACCAUAAUCCUAUCCGUUGCACUUUGCUUGCUGCCGGUGGUCGCUCUCCGUUUCUUGAGCAUGACCAUUUGGCCUUCGGAAAGCGAGAAGGUCCAGAAGAAUCGCAAGAAGUUCAAGGCCGAAGAGGAAAAGUGGAAGCGGAGGCAAAGCGUCUUCCGCCGUGGGAUCUCUGGCCGCCGUUCUGCUUAUGCCUUCUCCCACCAGCGGGGUUACGCUGACCUCAUAGCUUCCGGGCGGAUCAUUCGUAAAAGGAGAGCUUCGUUAAGCGCAGUCCUUGGCAACAAUUUAGCAGAAGUCAGGCAAGCUGAAGAAGCCAGCUGAUGAUUUUCUGUGUCCUACAGGAAGUGGAUCCCCCGCACCCGUUGAAAAACAAUUGCACAAAGUUUUUAUUUUUUUAUGAAAAACUCAGGAUUCUUUUUUCUUUUUUGGGGAAAAAAAUCAAGAUUAUGAAGACAGCUUGAUUUCCUCCUCAAGCUACUUCGUUUGAGAUAACUGAACUGAAGAACUGAGCAGUGUUUUCAGAUCUUGAUCCUUGUAUAUUUUGUUUCAUGUGAAAUUGAAGGAUAUAAAUCUAUGGGCUUAAAGACCAACAAUUGCAACGGUUGUUCUUUUAAAAUGAUACUUAGAACUUCAUGUUUCUUUUUUUAAAAUGCAAUCAUGAAAAUACAGUUUCAACUGAUGUUUCGUGCCUCAACACCAAAGAUGGACUUAGCUGAGAAGCAAAAUGGUUCUGUUUGCCACUUCAUUCCACUAACUCAGCUAUGAUUAUGAUUUUUAGCUAACCAAAGAUGUCCUCUUUUUCUUUUAAGACAAGAGAGGUGCAGUUUUACUUUGCAAGCGUUCGGAACCAUUAUUCACCAGUCCAUGGGGUAUUGUGGUCCAAGGCAGCAUGCUUUUAAUAAUUUUCAGGGAUUUGGGUAGGGAAAGUUCAGUAUAUGCAAAGCAUCUUAAUCAGGUUAGCCUCUUAAUCUGGCAUUGGGGAUAGGGAGUCUGUGGCUGUGUGCAUGUUGUUGAGACUCCAACUCCCAUCAGCCACAGCCACAAUGGCCAAUAGUCAGGGGUGAUGGGAGCUGUAGUUCAUCAGCAUCUGGGAAGUACAAGUUCCCUAUCUCUGUUCUAGGUCUGGUCCCGGAGCCAUAGCUAGUUUGCAACAUUCACUCAAUCGGGGCUUUCUUGGGGAUACUCUGCUGAAAUGACCACCAAUUGUUCACCAGCAGGACUUGGUGAAUUGAAUCUCUUUUCUGGUAUAUUGUUUUAUACCACUGCCUUUACUCUUUUUAAAAGUCUCUGUGUUCUUUGUAUCAUGUUUUGCGAAAAAAGGGAAGAGAUAUCAAACCAGUGAAGGGUGUAUUAUUGGCAUACUUCCUUGAUUUUCUACCUGCUUAACCUCUAUGCAAGGUAGACGUCAACGAUUCUCACAUUAUGGGAACUAUUUCCAUGUAGAACAGGUGUGAGGAACUUUUGGCCCUCCAGAUGUUGCUGAACUACAACUCCCACCAUCCCUAGCCAUUGAUUUUUGCUGGGUGUGGUGGGAAUUGUAGUUCCCUAUACCUGAUGUAGAACAUGUAGACGCCAUUGUACUUAAAAGGCACAUGCGUUGUCUAUUUUACUACACAUGUAUAUGUAGCUAAAACCAGGUGUGCAUGGGUUCUUCAUACACAAUAAUGUGCACCCUUAAGUGAGACCCAUGUUACAAGUCGUGGGUGAAACAGACUAAACUGAAUAAAAUGUUUUUUAUUCACUGGGUGAUGGUUCAAAGCACAAACUGGAACAAGAGAAUUGAUCACAUCAAGGAGGACUCCUUUUCACUAUGUUUUAAUAGUAAAAAAAUGUUUGAGAUUUUUAGUGUACAGAUCUUCAGAGGGUUUUUGUGUUGGGACAUACAAAUGGUUUACAUUUCAAAAAUUUCAGCAUACACCAAUGUGUCUUGUUAAAUAUUCACUAUAUAGUUCCACUUUUUUUUUUUUUUUGCAAACCAUGCAGCCCGGUGUCUAAAAUCGUCCUUUAGGAGCAUGGAAUUCAUACAUUUCUUCAUUAUUAUUGUUAUUUAAUGUGCAAAGGUUUACAGUUUUUUCUUUUCAUUAGGUGGGAGAAAAUUGACUUUAGUUUCCUAGAUUGAUUUCUCUCCAUCCAAAGAUGAGGAGGUGGCGAGCCACACGUUUUAAGCUCCUAAUCUGGGUGCAAUAUUAAUUUUAACGUGCUGGUUGAGAUAAGUAUGCCAUACACUUGUAUCCAAACCAUAAAUUGUAAAUAUUUUUAUUUGCUUAAAGAUAACGUACAUAUUUAACAGGCCUUAAUUUUUAAUGCUUUUGACUGAAGUGAAAGAAGUGUUUUCACUGGUCCGAAAUAUUUUUAUUAAACUCUACUUCAAAUA